UUAUCUUCAACAGAAGAGCAGCUGAUAGAAAGAAUGCUGCACCACACCACGGAUGGGUGUGAGAUAUUUAUCAACAGUAAUUUUAUAAUUUCAUAACUUUAGCCAUUACUUUGAAAUUAUUCAGUUUUUUAUGUGAAAGUUGACCGCGUCUUCGCAGUGGCUCUCUCCAAAUGGCUUUGAUUAUGCCCGGGCAGCUGCAGCGCCAAGGAAUUGGGACUGGCGCUGUUUUUCUGUUCUCAGCUCUGCUUGCGGUGAUUCUGACAGGUGACUCCGCCGGGCAGGUUUUCGACAGUUACGCGUUAUCAUAUGCCUUGAGAUCGGAACUAUCAGAGGAUGCUAUAUUGGUGGCCAACAAUGGAAUACGCGUGCCUUUCGGGAGAGCAGUAUUCGUUGAUCCUAUCAAUGAUUUGGUGAUCCAAGUCCAGCCGGGAGACAGAUGCAGUAUAACGGUUCUGGAUAACGAUCCGCUUUCCCAGAGACCAGGGCAGCUCUCUCCAAAAAAGUUUCCCUGUGAAUUUGGUCCCAAUGAUGUAAAAUAUUCUCACUUCGGGUCCCGGAGCCCCCCGCGGGAUAGGGUGAGGCUACAGCUCAGAUAUGACACUGAGACCGACACAAUAAUCAUCCCGUUCAUGAUGGAAGUGGAGGUUAUUUUCACACAGUUGGAAAUGUUAACUAGAAACAUGCCUUUGACCGUUGAUAAAUUACUUGGUACUAGUAACCCUAUUGACAGGAAGAUUCUAGAGUUCACCUAUGAUAGAAGUGAGCAUCAGUGUAAAGUAACAUCCCUCAACAAUGCAUUACCCAGGUAUGGUAAACUUGUGGAUGAGGGAAACCUUGGUAAAAUGGUGGAUUGUGAUGAGUUUAUUAAAAUGAAUAUUCGUUACCAACACACUUUCACACAUAAAUCGCCCAAUAGAGAUUAUAUACCUAUGAUUGUGGAAUUACAAGAUAAAGAGGGUAAUCUGCUAAAACAGGAGUUUUUCCAGAUUUUGGUGCGUAUAAAGGUGGGAGAGGAGAACACAGCUCCUAAACCCAGCUUUGUAGCAAUGAUGAUGGUGGAAGUGGAUCAGUUUGUGAUGACAGCCAUUACCUCUGACAUGCUGGCUGCUGAGGACAUUGAGUCUAACCCUGACGACCUUAUCUUCAACAUCACCUCCCCCCUAUCCUUUGAGGAAGGGUACAUAGUAAGCACAGAUGACAGGAACCUGCCCAUCACCUCGUUCUACCAAGGGGACCUUAAAGAACUUAAGAUAGCCUACAAGCCUCCGUCUGUGGACUCCGAUACAGAACGUAUCUUUCAGAUAGAAUUUGAGGUGGUGGACACUGAGGGUGCGGUGUCUGACCCAUUUGCCUUCAUGAUUGUAGUGAAGCCUAUGAACACACUGGCUCCAGUAGUCACCAAGAAUACGGGUCAGCUUCUCUACGAGGGACAGUCCAGACCAUUGUCCAGCUCUCACAAUCUGGAAGUCAGCGAUGAGGAUAACCUGGAUGAUGUCAGAAUCACUGUGGUUGAUGGGCUCCGGCACGGUCAACUGAUGGUGCUUGGGAUGCACCGAAAGUUCUUCACCCCGGCCGAUCUGGACGGGGGAGUGGUUAUAUACCAUCACGAUGGCAGCGACACGUACAGCGACAACAUCAUCUUCCGGAUGACAGAUGGGAAGCAUGAGGUGGAAUUCCUUUUUCCCCUGAUGAUCGUUCCCACUGACGAUGAGCCACCCAUUAUCAACGCCAACACAGGGUUAAUACUCUUCAAAAACCAGAUCAUGCUCAUCUCUCCGCUCGCACUUAGUGCUGCAGAUAUUGACUCGGAGGACUCCACUAUCAAGUUCAGCAUAGAGGCCCCGUUCUCAUCUAUAGGUGAGGUGGUGCUGAGGCAAUCAGAGGCCCCAAAGGAUCCAUCCACUUGGAGGUUCAAUGCUAAUGACGAGUUGUACGAAAUGGUGGUUACGGAGUGGCUGCAGCAGGAUAUCACAGACGGGAAGCUGUUCUACAGACACACCGGGCCUCACAGCACUGACACAGUCAUGGACCAGUUUGUUUUCAGGGUCCAAGAUGACAAUGACCCUCCUAACCAAUCAGAAAAGAGUGUGUUUAUAAUCAAGGUUAUGACCCUUGACGACAUCCCUCCUGAGCUGUAUCCCGGCACCACCCUUCAGAUGACUGUACAUGAGUACCAGCUCACCUUCUUCCGUAAGAAGUUUCUGCGCUACACUGACCUGGACUCAGAGGACAGAGAUUUGAAGUACACCAUCACCCAGCCCCCUACAGACACUGACGAGAAUAGCCCUGUGGUACUGGGUUCCAUAGUGUUAACGGAGAGUCCGGACACUGUAGUUACUGAGUUCACUCAAGCUCAGAUCAACCACCAUAAGAUAUCAUACAAACCGCCUGAUCUGGAGCUGGGGAUCACAGCUCACGUGUUGCAGUUUCAGUACACAGUGGAGGAUACUUCAGGAAAUACCGUUACUGGGACGUUUUCUAUAUUCCUGCAGCCUGUCGACAACAAGCCACCUCAGAUCACAAACACUGGCUUUACUAUAUUUGAGCGGGGAACGCAUACAAUCAGCAGCGCUGAGCUGGACACUGUAGACUUAGACACGGACCGUAGUCAGAUCUCCUUCACUCUCACCCAGCCUCCUCAACAUGGCCGGGUACAGUACACGUUCACCGACCUGACCAAAGGGGACUCAUUCAAUCUGUUAGACAUUGCUAAUGACAGGAUCUCUUAUAUCCACAAUGGAGAUGAGACUACCAGCGAUUCCUUCCAGCUGGACAUUAGUGACGGUGUCCAUGUCGUGACCAUUACCGUUCGGGUUACAGUGAAGCCCAUCGACGAUGAGACCCCGACCAUCAGCCUCCCCGCCGGAACCAUCGGCUCCUACAUUGAUGUCCUGGAGAACGGGGUCACAGAGAUCACGACUAACGUCAUCCAGGGGCGGGACGAGGACACGGAUGACCUGAGACUAACGUUCAUCCUGGACGACCCUCCGGUGUAUGGGGAGAUCCUGGUGAAUGGUGUCCAAUCAAGACUCUUCACCCAGGCUGAUGUCAUCAACGGCCUGGUGGUUUAUGCCCACACCAGCGGAGAGAUCAGCCUCACUCCUAAGUAUGACUACUUCAAUCUGACACUGACUGACAUGUCUGAUGAGUGGACGGUGGGGGGCAAUAGGGUCACUGGGGUCAGGGUUCAGGUCACUAUCCUCCCCAUGGACAGCCAGGCUCCAGAGGUGUUUGUGGGCCCACAGUUCACUGUUACAGAGGGCGAGAAAAAUGCUAUUGAGAUUCUUCACAUUAGCGCUGAUGAUGUUGACACCCCUAAUGACGACCUGCUUUGUACCAUAAUUGUCCAGCCCACGUCAGGCUAUGUGGAGAACAUCUCCCCAGCUCCAGGCUCAGAGAAGUCUAGGUCUGGGACGGCAAUCAGUGCUUUCACCAUUAAGGAUAUCAGGCAGAACCACAUAUACUAUGUCCAAAGCAUCCAUAAGGGAGUGGAGCCGGUUGAGGACAGGUUCACUUUCAGAUGCUCCGAUGGAAUCAACUUCUCAGAGAGACACUUCUUCCCCAUCACUAUCAUUCCAUCCAACGAUGAGAAGCCAGCUAUUUACAUGAGGGAGUUUGUUGUCAUGGAAGGGAUGAACAUUGUCAUUGACACGCCCAUCCUUAACGGCGCUGACCUAGAUAUCCCCUCUGACGAGCUAACAUUCAUCAUUACCAAACAACCCAAGCACGGCUUCAUCCUCAACCAGCUAACAACUGGCACGCUCCCAGUCACCAACUUCACCCUGGAUCAGAUCCGGGAAGCCUCCAGUAUAGUGUAUGAACACGAUGACUCAGAGACCACAGAGGACAGCUUUAACCUAAUCCUAAUGGAUGGGAAAUACAGUGUGGAGAAGACCAUCAUCGUCAUGAUCAUCCCCGUGGAUGACGAGACACCCAGGAUGACCAUCAACGACGGCCUGGAGAUAGAGAUUGGAGACAUUAAAGUGAUUGAUAAUAGUGUUUUAAAAGCCACCGACCUGGACUCUGAAGAUAGUACUCUGACGUACAUUAUCCGCUAUGGGCCUGGACAGGGUUUGUUACAGAGAAGGACCCCUAACGGUUUGUUUGAGAACAUUACUGUUGGGAUGAACUUCACCCAGCACCAAGUGGACCAGGCUCUCAUUUUCUAUAUCCACAAUGGACAAGAGGGUAUCCGGGACCUUAUUAAAUUUGAUGUGACAGACGGCAUCAACCCUCUAAUCGAUAGGUACUUCUACGUGACCGUGGGUGGUAUCGACAUGGUGUUCCCCGAUGUGAUCAGUAAGGGGGUCUCUCUGAAAGAAGGAGGCAGAGUAACACUGACCACAGACCUGCUCAGCACCAGCGACCUCAACAGUCCAGACGAACACUUGGUGUUCACCAUCACCAGAGCCCCACAGAGAGGUCACUUAGAGUGUACCGACAGCCCUGGCAUGCCCAUCUCCUCCUUCAGCCAGCUGCAGCUAGCUGGGAGCAAGGUGUACUACAUCCACACGGCUGACGAUGAAGUGAAGAUGGACAGCUUUGAGUUUGAGGUCACGGAUGGUUACAACCCGGUGUUCCGCACGUUCCGCGUGUCCAUCACCGAUGUGGACAACAAGAAACCGGUUCUAACGGUUCACGGCCUGGUGGUCAACGAGGGAGAGAACAAACUCAUCACCCCCUUUGAACUCACUGCGGAGGACCGUGACACACCAGACCGACUCCUCAGAUUCACCGUCACGCAGGUCCCUGUCCACGGCCGCCUCCUCUUCAACAACACCCGUCCCAUGACCUCCUUCACCAAACAGGACCUGAAUGAAAACCUCAUCAGCUACCAACAUGAUGGCACCGAGUCCUCCGAGGACUCCUUCUCGUUCACCGUGACGGACGGGACGCACACGGACUUCUAUGUGUUCCCCGACACGGUGUUUGAGACGCGGCGCCCCCAGAUGAUGAAGAUCACCGUCCUGUCGGUGGAUAACGGGGUUCCCCAGAUCACGGUGAAUAAAGGGGGCCCCACACUGACGGUGUUGGAGACGGGUCAACUGGGGUUCCUCAUCACCUCUAAGACUCUUAAGGCAGAGGACAGGGAUAGUCUUCAGCUGUCUGUCACUUUUAAGAUCACUGUGGGACCACAGCAUGGAUACCUCAUCAACCUGGGUACAGGCAACGCUUCCAUCACCACAUUCAGUCAAGCUGAAAUUGAUGACAUGAGGAUUUGCUACGUGCUCAGAAAUGGUGACAAUGCAACAAGUGACCUCUUCCAUUUCUCAAUUGAGGACAAUGGAGGCAACAAGCUGAAGAACCAGGUGUUCAGGCUGAACUGGGCUUGGGUCUCUUUGGAGAAGGAGUUCUAUGUGGUAGACGAGGAGGCCAAGUUCCUGGAGGUGGUCCUUAAACGAAGAGGAUACCUGGGAGAGACAUCAUUCGUCAGCAUCGGAACCAGAGAUGGCACGGCGGAGAAGGAUAAGGACUUCCGUGGUAAAGCCCAAAAGCAGGUCCAGUUUAACCCAGGUCAGUCCCUGGCUACAUGGAGGGUGAGGAUCCACCAGGAUGGGGAGUAUGAGCAGUCUGAGACCUUCCAAAUCCUUCUGUCUGAACCUGUCAUGGCCGCCCUGGAGUUCCCUGACAGCGCCACUGUGGAGAUACUGGACCCAGCUGACGAGUCCACGGUGUUCAUCCCGUCUGCGGUCUACUCCGUAGAGGAGGGUAUUGGGGAGCUUCUGAUCCCAGUCCGUAGGAGUGGUGACGUCACCCAGGAACUCAUGGUCAUCUGCUACACACAGCAAGCCAGCGCCACCGGGACCAUUCCCACCACAGUGCUGUCCUACUCUGAUUAUAUAUCCCGACCCGAGGAGCACAGCAGUGUCCUGCGCUUCAGUAAGGGUGAGACGGAGAAGAUGUGCCGUGUGGUGAUCAUAGAUGACUCUCUGUAUGAAGAGGAGGAGAGCUUCGACGUGACCCUCAGCAUGCCCAUGGGAGGCCGACUGGGGCGGGAAUACAGCUCCACCAGGGUUACCAUCACACCAGACCUGGAUGACGCACCAGUCUUCUACUUUGGAGACACAGACUACCAUGUGGAUGAAAGUGAUGGGUACCUGGAGGUGAAGGUGUGGAGAACUGGGACGGACCUCUCUAAAACGGCCACGGUCACUGUACGCUCCAGGAAAACAGACCCUGUCUCUGCAGAAGCCGGCGUGGACUAUGUCGGGAUCAGUCGUAACCUGGACUUUGCCCCAGGUGUCAGCCAGCAGACUUUCAGGGUGACUAUCCUGGAUGACCUAGGCCAGCCGGUUCUGGAGGGGACAGAGAGGUUCGAGCUGGUCCUCCGCAUGCCCAUGAACGGCAUUCUUGGAGAACCAGGGAAGGCCACCAUCCACAUUAACGACUCUGUGUCAGACCUGCCUAAGGUGCAGUUCCGUGAUGCCAUAUACACGGGGCAUGAGAACGCCGGGGGGAUCUCAGCCGUGGUGUUCCGCAGCGGAGACAUCAGCCACAGGUCCACAGUCCGCUGUUACACCCGACAGGGCACGGCCCAGGUCAUGAUGGACUUCGACGAGCGCCCCAACACAGACGCUUCCAUCAUCACCUUCCUGCCAGGGGAGGUAGAGAAGCCGUGCGUCCUGUCCCUGGUUGAUGACACGGAGCACGAAGAGGAAGAGGAGCUGAGGCUGGUGUUGGGGUCGCCCCGUAGCGACUCACCGUUUGGGGCCUCCAUUGGGAAACGAAACGAGACUCUGGUCAAGAUCAAAGAUGACGCGGACAAGUCCAUCAUUAAGUUUGGGGAGACUAAGUUCAGUGUGAGUGAGCCCAGCAGGUCAGGGCUGGUGUCUUCGGUCAAGAUCCCAGUGCUCAGGGUAGGAGACACAUCCAAGGUCUCUGUAGUCCGUGUCCACACCAAGGAUGGAUCAGCGACGUCUGGAGAGGACUACCAUCCUGUGUCUGAAGACGUUGAGUUUAAAAAGGGCGAAACAGAGCACGAUGUCGAGAUAGAGAUCCUCUACGAUGGAGUCAGAGAGAUGAGAGAAGCCUUCACUGUCCACCUGAAACCUGACGAGAACAUGGUGGCUGAGACCCAGAUGAGCAAGGCCAUUAUCUACAUCGAGGAGACGAACAGCAUGGCUGACGUCACGUUCCCCUCGGUGCCCCAGGUGUUCUCCCUGCUGCAGUACGACGACACCUCCAGGGCCGGACACACCCCCCUGCUGGCCGGCUACCCCGUCGUCUGUGUUACGGCCUGUAGCCCCAAGUACCCUGACUAUGACAAGACUGGCUCCAUCUGUGUCAGUGAGCACAUCAACAACACGCUCACACGCUACCGCUGGCUGGUCAGCGCUCCUACCGGGACGGACGGGGUCACCAGCCCCAUGAGGGAGGUGGACUUUGAUACCUUCUUCUCCUCCUCCAAGACCAUCACCUUGGACUCCAUCUACUUCCAGUCUGGGUCCAGGGUGCAAUGCGCGGCCCGGGCUGUGAACUCUAACGGAGACGAGGGACUGGAACUCAGCAGCUCCAUAGUCUCCAUCAGUGUAGAGGACGGUAUGUGCCAACCCCGUGUUCAGGGUACAGUGGGCGCUGAGCCCUUCUCUGCCAGGCUGCGCUACACUGGCGCAGAGGACCCAGACCACCCUAACCUCAUCAAAGUCACGGUCACCAUGCCACACAUUGAUGGCAUGCUUCCUGUAGUCUCCACACGUCCUCUGUCUAACUUUGAGCUGACGUUGAGUCCUGAUGGCACCCGUGUCGGGAACCACCUCUGUUCUAACCUUCUGGACUACACAGAAGUUCAGACUCGCCACGGCUUCAUCACGGACGCCACCAAGAACCCUGAGGUGUUGGGGGAGACCUCUCCCUACCAGUAUAGCGCCGCCCUGAGGGGAUCCAGCGUACUACGCUUCUACCGAAACCUCAACCUGGAGGCUUGCCUAUGGGAGUUCACCAGUUACUACGACAUGUCAGAGCUCCUGUCAGACUGUGGAGGGACCAUAGGGACGGACGGUCAGGUACUGAACCUGGUCCAGUCCUAUGUGACCCUACGGGUCCCCCUUCAUGUGUCCUAUGUGUUCCACUCCCCCGUGGGGGCCGGGGGCUGGCAGCAUUUUGACCUGCAAUCAGAGCUACGACUCACCUUCGUAUACGACACUGCCAUCUUGUGGCGGGAUGGCAUCGGCAGCCCCCCGGAAGCUGAGCUACAAGGAGCCUUGUACCCCACCAGCAUGCGUAUCAAUGAACACGGUCGUCUGGUGGUCAACUUCAGAACGGAGGCUAGAUUUAGAGGACUGUUUGUCAUAUCUCACUCUGCAUCCACUCUGUCUUCUAUGGUGAUGUGUGCGGACCACCCUGGAUUGACCUUUAACCUCAGCCUGGUGAGGAGUGAGCCCACCUACAACCAGCCAAUGCAGCAGUGGACCUUCACAUCAGACUUUGCUGUGCGUGAUUACUCAGGUACCUACACAGUGAAGCUUCUGCCCUGCACUACUCCUCCCAGUCUGGAGUACUCCCUCCCUCCUGUCUGUAACCCCAGAGAACCUGUCACCUUUGACCUGGACAUACGAUUCCAGCAGGUGAGUGACCCAGUGGCGGCUGAGUUCAGUCUGAACACUGAGAUGUUGCUGCUGUCUAAGAGAACUCUAUGGCUGUCGGAUGGAUCUAUGGGCUUCGGACAGGAGAGUGACACGGCCUUCUCAAAAGGUGAUAUGGUCUAUGGUAGAGUGAUGGUGGACCCUGUUCAGAACCUGGGGGACUCGUUCAUCUGUAGCAUAGAGAAGGUGUUCCUGUGCACCGGCGCGGAUGGGUACGUACCCAAGUACAACCCCGGCAACAACGAGUUUGGCUGUCUGGCUGAUGCUCCAUCCUUGCUCUACAGAUUCAAGAUCAUUGACAAGGCCCAGCCAGAGACUCAGGCCAGGUCAUUUGGGAAUGUGGGUUUCAGGGCUCUGUUGGCUGUAGAUGACCCUCAGGCUCUGGCCCUGGUCAGACAACCUGGAUCUGAUGGCUUCAGCAUGGACUCCACAGCUCUAUUCCAGGUGUCAGCAGGGAGAGAGUGGUUCAUCCACACCAUCUACACGGUCCGCUCCAGGGAGAACGCCAACCGAGGCAUCGGAAAGAGGAGUCUGGAGUACCACGUACUGGCACAACACAGCUCCACAGCUGGAGGCAGCCCCGACAGUGGAGAGCUGUCCCUAACCUCGGUCCAGUCUCGCUCCAGGCGCUCUGCCAACGGGUUGCCAGACCUGGCAGAAGACAUCGGCCAGGACAGCAACCGCGGCACCAACAUCCUUCACAUCGCCCUGGACCGCAGCCACGAGCCCCACGCUAACCCCGACCGGGAGGUCCUCGACCAGGGCGCGGUGCCCAGGCAACUGAACCAACCUGUGGAGAGCGAGGACAGCCUAGUCCUGAUCAUAGGGACCCUUGUGGGCCUCCUCGUCACUGUCCUCAUCAUCAUCAUCAUUAUUGCACUGGUCAUACGGUCCCGACAGAAGACGAAAGAAGUUCCCACGACAACAUCCAGCUCCACUGAUCCCAUGAUGGCAUCUGCGUUCCCUAGUGGCGGCCUGGACAGCUCAGAAGUCUGAUCGUGAGACAUACUGACAAUGACCACUGAGACAGAUGUUUUUCAUUUAUUUUCUCUUCUUUUUUUUUUUUUACAUUUGGACGUAAGGAGAGGUGGGGGACAAGUGAAACAUUUGACAAUGAGAGCUUUGUUUCCGUGCAGAAAAAACGACUUGAAAUUCCUCUGCUCUUCUUAUCGGCGGUAGGGGACUGUAGAGGUAAAACAAUGUGGAAACGACCACCACUAGAGCAGGGCCUGUAACCCAUUCCAUUUAAGGCACUCGCAAGCUUCCAUUACUGUUUUGUUUGAUGACGUAGCACUUGAUCCAAACCAUGUUUCUGAUAUGCUCAAUGGUGCUAAAGCAGCUGAGGCCUGUAGGAGGAAUGGUGGACCAGUAAGUUGAUGAAAGAACAUGAAGGUUGGAGGGUGAAGGUUCUACUGGUUAUCUUUCUACCUGGUAGGGGAUUUAUUGAGUCAUGUCACUGGUUGCCAAGAGGGUCACCUCACUUGGUGACCCAGGAGAAACUCAGUCCCAAGUUAAAAGAAAGUAAUAUAAAACUGGAGUGUUUCAGCCAUCCAGGCCCAGAGUUGGAAGAAAUCCCUGUAUAAGUUGUUGAAGUUGUCAACAUGUAUGUGUAUUAGCCUGUUAAGCAACUGUCAGUAGUCUGCCAACACUGGGAAUAUGUCCUACCGUAAUAUAUUACUGUAUAAUACUACUGUAGCUCUAUGUCAGACCUGGGGUCAAACACUAGUUGCAAACUUCUAAAUGAUUGGUUCUGGAUUUCAAGAUAUGUGAACUUGUGUCUUUGUGACUUUCAUUUUGGUUCCAUUGGGAUAUGAAUGCUCAGUCAAACAAAGUUUGAACCUAGGUCUGCCCUGGAAUAUGGAGAUUGAUUCAUGUUGAAGUUCAACAGGUGCCUAAGAAUCCACUGGAUGUUGUAGGUUGCGUCCAAAUUGACGCCAUUCUCUAUUUUGCAGUGUGCAACAUGGGUAAUAGGUUGUCAUUUUAAGAUGCAUACUUAGACUGACUGUACCACAUGGUUAUUCUGUGUGAUCUGUAGGACCCCCUACUGUGCUGUCUUGUUACGUAUGUGUUAAUGGUCUAUAAUUUGUGCAUGCUUUUUAAUUUUCUUUUGUAUUUUUUUUUAUAUAAUUGUUUAAACAUAUUGUAUAAUAUUAAUGAUGUGUAAACAUUUGUGGGGGGAAAAAUAUGUCCAAUCUAUUGUAGCUAGCUAAUUUAGUUAAUGUUUUUUCCAUCUAAGCAGAGUUCCAAGUUUAUCACACCUCAUGUUGCGCUGAUUCUUGUCCCAAUAGCAUGGAUGUAAGGCCUUUGUCUCCCAAAUAGUACCAUAUUCCCUAUUUAAUACAUCAGAGCCCAUAUAAAAUAGGGUGCCACAUAGGGAAUAAGAUGCCAUUUGGGAUAUAUAAUAUAUAAGGUAUUAUAAUACAGUACAUACAGCACUGAAUCAAAUCUAAUGACAAAGGCUAGGCCCAAUAUCUCCUGUAGUGAGGUGAUUUUAAAGACAGCUGGUCUGUAAUAUACAAUUUAUAUCAGUGCUGGGGGACACCCCUAGUCCCUGUACUUAAACUUUAUGUUUGUAUUGAUUCAGUCUGGUAUGUGAUUUCUUUGUCAGUGAUUUAAUAGAAUGUUUACUAACUAAGUGGACGGACAUCAUUGCUACAUUGUGAGUGUAUCUGCCUCCCAAAUCGCACCAUAUUCCCAUUAUAAUGCACUACUUGACUCAGGAACAUAGAGCUCUGUUUGAAGUAGUGCACUAAAUAGUAGGGUGCCAUUAAGGAUACAUGAUGUCUCUCUACAUGGAUGUGACUUGACUGAGCUGUAUCAAAUGUUCUCCAAAGGUUUGACAUGAUAUUGAAAUGUAUUUUAUUACUACACAGAUUAAUAAUGAGUGUUUGCGUCCCAAGUGGCACCCUGUUCCCUUCAUAGUUCAGAACAUUUGUAGUGCACCAGAGCCUUGGCCUCAGUUUAACAUUAGUGUCAAUUAAGAGCAUCAGGUGCUAUUUGGGACUAAGGUAUUUUAUCAGAAUGCAGUUAAAGGGAUUAAUGAGGAAUAAAAUGGCAACUAUAAUAAGACCUACUGUGGUUUAAGUCACUCAAAGAAAUGAGAGGUACUACUAUCAUUAAUACAUUACAGAAUUAUUUAUUUAUUUUAUUUCAAAUUAUAACAGGGAUUAUUGCCAAUAAUAUAGAUCUUAUUUUACUUAUUUCCAGAUAAUUUAUUCAGCCACAUUUAAACAACCACUAACCACGGUGUUUUCAACAUGGCUGUACCUGCAAGAGUAAUAGCAGUUGCCACUUUUGCACUGGAAUGCAUAAAGAGAAGCUACAGAACACAACAUGAUUCACAUGAUCCCAGUCAUACUAAGAUUACAUAGACUGACCUCACUGCUGUGUUCAUACUGCUUUCAAAUACCCGCUGGGUAAUUCUCAUAAAACUAUUUAUGAAAAUCUUCUGAUCAGUUUCAAAACACUUAGAUUAGGAUCUGAACUUGUUUAUUUAUCAAUAUUACAAUUCCCUUUUCAAUUAUUAUGCAUUUAAUCACAGUCUCGAAAACGUUCUUCUUACUGAAAAAGGUCCAAAACAGAUUAAACUUUAGUGCAAAUCUGUAUCAAAUAUUUUGUAACAUAGUCCACUUAAUGGAAGGGCCUGAGUUAAAUGUAACACUGAGAAAAUCAAAGUACAUGAAGAAAUUAUUAUUAAAGAAUAUUGCUCUUUGACCUUUUCUGCAGUACAAAAGUUGGAAGAAGUGAGGUAUAGUGAGGAGUUUAAGAAUUCAAAAUGCUUUCAAGUAAAUACAUGAAUAGCCUGUGCUCCUUGAAUGAUUACUAUUCAAUAUGAUGCAUCAAGAAUCUGUUUUUACAGGAACAUGUCCCCUAGUAUAUGUAACUUUGAUGAUUCGUGGACAAACUAGAGCAACAUAUUUUGUAUUUGAGUUUUUCUAAGUAAAAUGUAAUAAAACCACCUGAGAAUUAGAUUGAGAUGCAUUUCUGUAAUGAACAUUUUAUGUGAAUACUGAUUUAAAAUAAUACACUAUCCCAAAAAUGAGACAGUCCUCCGAAAGGUUGUUGAUAUUUGCAGAUGCAUCAUGAUUUAUAAGUAGUUACAAAAAUGUUAAAUCUUGCUUCAUUAGAAAUACCCCACUGCUUUAUAAACUUUUGAUUGUUUUGUUGUUUUAUUUUUGAAUUCAUAAAUGCUAUGCAACCUACACAAUUAUACCACUAAAGUAGUAUUGGAUCCCAAUAUUUCUUAAUUUUGUUCAAUAUGCUUAUGUUUGCUGAUUUUUUUUUCUUCACUUUACCACAAAGUAGUCUAGCUCUUAUAUUGUAGUAGUUAGCGUCACCUUUAUGAUUUCAGUAUUGUACUGAAUGCAUCUAAUGCCUUUGUGAGUGUAUACACGUAUGUACUGUAUACAGAUUGUAUUACAAAUCGAUAUACCACUUGGAUAUUUGGGGAAUGGUCAGUGUUAAAUGCAUAAUUAUGUUCUGUAUAUGUUUGUAAGACAGACCUAAAGCACAAAGUGGUCAGCAAAUAAAGUUUCAUGAACAUG